AUGCCAUUUGUUCUUGCCAAACAGAAUAACUGGACCGAGGAGUUCAGAUUCGAGAUCCAGAAUACUUUUAAAAACCUUCGUGACGGUGUGAACCAUGCUGGUAAUGAGGACAUUGCUCCCACUGAUGCGUUUAUGUGGGAGGUUUUCACUACCAAAAAGUACUAUGACAACGGCGAAGUCAAGCAAAUUGGCCAUAUCUAUACUCCUUGGCCAUCGUGGGUGAUUUCUGCCUCCACAGACCUGACUGGAAAUGAGGCUGGCAAGAAGACCAUCCAGUCGCUGCUCCUGGCUAUCAACGAGGGCAUUGCCUACUUCAACAAAAACCACAGCGAAGCUGUCGAGUACAUCACUGGUAAUCUUGACUACUCUGCCCAAGACGCCUCAGCCUGGAUCGAAACUGUCACUUUCGCCGACGACGUCUCGAAAGUCGACCAAAAAACCGUCAUCUCCAACACCGUCAACCUCCUCCAAUCCGCCGGUGUUCUCGAUGCCAAAGCCGAGUCCGCAGACUACCUCAGCCUCGUCUAA